AUGCCCACCUAUUGUAUGGAAUUCGUGAAUUCCUUGCCUCGCAAGCCAUCUAGCGCUAAGCUUGUCAAGCGCAGUCUUGAAAUCGUCCAGAAUCACGGUAUCGCACAGGCACUUGAACAUAAAACAAAGCUGAAGUAUACAAAACCAUCAGCACUGGAUAUAAGAGAAAUUAAAACGCUUCCGGUGGAAACUGAAGGGAAGCGCACUUUCCAAAAGGGUUGA